CCCAUAAGCAGGAAGAGGGAAGGUUCUUGUAUCCGCGGCAGAUUAUCGAAGAUGAAUGAGUGAGCUAGCUUAGUUUAAAUUGUCACGGCAUAUACAUAUAUUCAUGCAUGCUGAAAGAAGAGGAACCAACAUAGUAAAAAAAGUCGUUUAGGCUACGUUUUAAUUUUUCUUUGGAGUGAUGUAUUCUCUGCCCAAACGGAACCAUCAAGGAAAGCCACUCAGGGGUUGCUAAAAACAAACAUUAGCAUGCUGCUGGAUGGGCUGCAUGAAGCACUCGAGCUUCUCCGUGCCACCAUGUAUUUGAGUUCUAACACCCGUUCAAAGCCCGGCCCCAACAGCAGCAGCAUCACUGAGCUGCUCGGCGCUCUGUGUGACUGCAGCCUCUCCGGGGUGUCAUGGAAGCGCCGGGCUGUGGGGGGAGUCUCCAGAGAGAGCUUUCACAGAGCUCUCAAGAAGCGUGCCUACGGUGCCCUGCUGUCAAAAGUCUUUCAAGAUGGCACCAAAGGCUCCCCGCCGGGACAAAGCGCAACAAGCAGCACGCCACCCAGAAACAAAGUCCUGAUGAUGUGUUUUGACCUGCGCGUGGCGGGGUGCAGAGAGGAAGCAGAAGCUUUGGAGGAGCAGCUGGGAAGGCUGCCCGAUGGAGCUUCCUCUGAUCUAAAAGAAGUGGAUGCCGUCCUUGAACUUCUGGUCUUUCUCGCUGGUUCUGCACCUCCACCCACUGCCUCCUUUAACAGGGAUUACAUGAGGCGAGAAAGGCCUGUGCUGCGGAGACCUCAACCCUGGAGUUAUCAAAGUGAGGAGCUGCAGAGACUCGAGGCCCGAGCGUGGGGUUUGGUUUGUGGGGAGGAGUGGGGCACUCUGGAGAGUCUCUGUGUGGCUCAGAGGCUGAUGGAUGCUCCGCCCGGGACGGGGCUGUUGGCUCUGAGAACUAAACUUGAUGCAGAAGAAAAGUUUGAGAAGGAGACCAGAAUGUCUCUGUUUGGAGCCCUUCAGCACACACGCACAUCCGACAUGGACAUAAGACUGGACAUACCUCCUGUUCCCAGUAAUGUUGACGUUACUGGGCUGGCUAUUAGGGUUCCCCACUGCUUGGAUCAGUCAGAGGAUGAAGGCUUUCAGUCUGCUUCAAAUCUGACCCCAGAUUCUCAGUCCGAGGCGAGCCCUGUUCCAGACUUUGAUCUUUGGGAGGCUCUUCGCACCUUUGAGCCUGAAAGACGGCGCUGCUGGGAGUCUAUUGGCUGUCCACCAGGAAAACGCGACUCCCUCUACCUAACCGAAGGAGGCAGGGAGGCUUUUGACCAGCUGUAUCGGCUAUGGGAGGGGCAAAUGAGGGUAGUGAGCACGAAUACACCUUCUCCCGUCCUCCCGCUGCCUCUGGACUCUCAGACGCAAUUGGUGUCUGACCUCCUUAAUGUCCUGAUUGGAGUGGCGUCCAGCACCUUUCCUCUCAACCAGAAUGUUCAGUUUGACGUCAGACCUGGCGUCUGCAUCUCAGGAGCUUCUCCGGAGAGCGUGUCUCGUCUCUUGGGAGAAUUAGCCCAGUAUGGCACAUACUACCUGAGGCUUAGCCGCUUCUCUCUGCAGAGCGCUGACAAGAGGGGCCUCGUCUUCCAGGCUUUCACCGGAGGACUGAGAAAGUACCUGCAUUACUACAGGGCUUGUGUUCUUAGCACUCCGCCCACUCUCAACCUGUUGACCAUCAGCUUUCUCUUCCGCAAAGUGGGCCGCCAACUCAGGUACCUGUCAGAGCUGUGCUGUGUCGACGGGCUUUUGGGUGCUGGCCAAGCCACCUUUCCUGUGGGAAUUAAACUGCUGUCCUACCUGUACAACGAAGCCCAGAAUAACUGCAGCAACGAAAACUAUCCCGUCCUGCUGUCACUGCUGAAGAGCAGCUGCGCGCCUUACACGCGGUUUGUUUCUGACUGGGUUUACAACGGCGUUUUUCGAGAUGUUUAUGGUGAAUUCAUGAUCCAGGUCAACGAAGAAUACCUCAACUUUAGGGACAAACACUUCUGGAUCCAAGGCUACACUCUGAUCUCAAAGGAUGUAGAGGAAUGUGUGCCAAUUUUCCUGAAACACAUUGCCAACGACGUGUACGUCUGUGGAAAGACCAUCAACCUCCUCAAAAUCUGCUGUCCACAGCACUACAUCUGCUGGUCGGAGCUGCCAGCACCCCGCAUCGCUGUCACCUUCUCCCUGCAGGAGGUGGAGGAGAUUGAGAGGGAGUGCGCAGUGUAUCGCGGACGCAUGGAAAGGAUCGCUAAGCACAGUGCCGUUAGCCGGGAGGAGCAAGCUCUACGAACAGAAAAAGCCCGCCAAGAGCUGAUCAAUCAGGUCAGAGAGUGUGCAGCCAAAACCCUGGAGAGCAUUCGUGGGCGUCAAGUGUCACUACGGCUGGCUGAGGAGGCCAAAAAAAGGGAGCGCUUUGAGGAGCUGAAGCAGCACUUGGAGCAAGAGCAAGAGUGGCGAAAUGCAGCCAAAAAGAAGCAGGAGGCGGACGACUUCAGCUUUACCAGAGAGCUGAGAGACAGAGAAAAGAGGCUACAAGCUCUGGAGGAGCAGCUGGAGCAGAGAGCCAGAAAAGAGCUGAUUGCUCAGUACAGCCGUCUGUCAGAAGAAGCAGCUCUCCGAGAGAGACGGGCGCUGUGGAGAGUGCAGCGAAUGAGACUGGAUGACGCCCGCACUCAGUUCUUCAUGGUUGACAGGCAGAAAAUACAGGCGAUACUGGAGAAAUAUCCUUUAGGCAAAGAACGACCCCCGACAGAGGAACUGCAGCCCAUCCCCCUUCCACAACAAACAAUGAAAUGUCCAACUCAGGAGGAACCAUCAGAGGAGGCUCAAAACACUGAAGUGGAGUCCCCUCCACGAGAUCCAAAUACGUCUUUUGGUCUCAUCCCCGAAGAGUUCAAUGACUCGGACCCUAACUCACUAAAGCCAGACAGUCAGCAAGUGGAUAAAGCCCUAGAGAUCAUUGGGUCUGAACUACCUCAAGCCUUACCCUGUGCACAGCUCAUAGACUAUGACUUUAGUGCCCCCUUUAGUCCACUUGAGGGUAUCAUUGGUCAAACCACAAUCCAGGCAAGGCCACGUUGGGGACCGGCAGUCCUGCCUAAAAUGUUGCAAAGCCAGAUAGCCCCUGAAGAAAACUUUCUUCAUCAAGUUCAAGAGGACAACCCCAAACCCAGCCCCUUUGGGCAUCCCUCUCAGUCCAGCUUCGUUUUGGGGCAGUACACACCAGAAGAACCCCAGAGAACCACUGCUCUUGGACAUCGUGCACUCACCUCAGUUCAACAAGUAGAUGGAAUCGGCUUAGAGGCAGAGGAACCUGCUUUCAAACCAAAAGAAGAUGGAAAUGUGAAAAGUUCACCAGAUGGAAAGGAAGAUGAGUGUCAAUCUGUUACAACUGAGAAAAGCGAUGCAGCAGAAGGUCCUACUGUGACAGUGGAGGAAAACGGCAACGAUCAAGGUGAUGGCAGACAACAGUUAGGUCUUUCUGAGGAUGGAGUUGAGCCAGAUGGACUAAACACUCUGAGCUCAGGAGCUCUCGAUACAGCUUCUGACAAUCUCUUACCUCGUCAAAGUCUUGUUUUAGACGAUAAAGUCCCUCAACCCUCGACGAACAUUCCUAGCCACCCGUCUGAUGCUCACAUCAAAGUUGGACAGUAUGUUCCUGAAGUGGAGGUUCUGGCUCCAUCUUCAAAAGCUCAUCAUCAUUCAUCCGACUCCCAUAUCAAAAUUGGAGAACAUGUUUCAGAAGUCGACACCCCUCCCCCAACCUCCAGCAUGUACGGACACUCUUCCGAUUCUCACAUCAAAAUAGGGGAAAACGUUUCUGAGUUUGUCCCGCUGGUUCCUGCUCCGAAUAUCCACGGCCACGUGUCCGAUGCCCACAUCCUCAUUGGGGAGCUGGUGUCGGACGUGGUAGCGCCUGCGCCUUUGCCCAGUAUUCACGGCCAUAGUUCAGACGCUCACAUUAAAGUGGGUGAAAACGUCGCAGACGUCGUCACUCUUCGUCCUGUUCCCAGCAUUCAUGGUCACUCUUCAGACGCUAACAUAAAAGUUGGCGAGUUUGUGUCCAACGUUGCAGAAAGUCGACCUCGAUGGAGUAAGCACGGUCACGCCUCGGACUGCGCCCUCCAGCCGGGAUGCGUGGUGUCCGGAGCAGAAGCGCCUCAGCAGCCCUUACCUGGAAGCUCUUACGGCCACUCGUCCGACUCCAUACUAGGCGUCGGAUGUGUUGUUUCAGGACACGAACCAAAGCCGUCUCCUUUACCUGGCAGCGAGCACGGCCAUUCAUCGGACUCAAAUUUAGGCACUGGCUGCAUCGUCUCCAAAACAGAACCGCCGCCGUCACAGCUACCUGGAAGCUCUUACGGCCACUCGUCCGACUCCAUACUAGGCGUUGGAUGUGUUGUUUCAGGACAUGAACAGAAGCCGUCUCCUUUACCUGGCAGCGAGCAUGGCCAUUCAUCGGACUCAAAUUUAGGCACCGGCUGCAUCGUCUCCAAAACAGAACCGCCGCCGUCACAGCUACCUGGCAGCGCAUACGGUCACUCGUCGGAUUCAAACCUGGGAGUCGGGUGUGUGGUCUUGGGAGCAGAGCAGCCGCUCGCCGUACUUCCCGGCAGCACGUACGGCCACUCAUCUGACUCUUCACUCGGAGUGGGCUGUGUGGUGAAAGAAAAAGACGACGGACAUCUGAAAAAGUCAAUGGAGGAGGACGGCAAAGGCAUCGGCUGCGAGCAGCUUGAAGAAAACACGUCCCAUGUGUUGGGUGUGAAGUCGUCCUCCGGUGAAAGCUACGAGGAGGAAUACAUCUCGGCGUUGUCUUCUCAUUACCAGGUGGAACACUAUGAGGACUUUUACAACUUUUUGGACCUGUCUCCAGAGAGCCAUCUGCUGAAGCAGGUAACUCGGGGCCCAUGGGGUCUUCCUAUGGAGCCCACGCUCCGCAGAGCCACAGACUCCACAUCUAUCCAGCAGAGUGAAAUGGUUUCACUGCCCGUGCUGAUAAAACACUCGGUCACUGCCCCACUCAUCACACACGUGUCUUUGGUGAAUAAAGCUGUGGUGGACUACUUCUUUGUGGAAAUAGGUGUGGAAAAGCACUUUGAGGUUCUGCGCCACUUCUUGCUGAUGGAAGAUGGCGAGUUUGCACAGUCGCUCAGCGAUCUGCUCUUUGAAAAGAUGGUCAGUGGUCAGACACCUGGCGAGCUGCUCACCCCUCUGGUCCUCAACUCCAUCCUCAGUAAGGCGCUGCAGUACAGCUUACACGGGGACACGCCUUUAGCCGCAAACUUUACGUUUGCCCUCCGCUUCCUUCCGGAGACCUUCCACCCCCACGCGCCCGACUCUCUGAACUGUCUGGAGCUGCGCUACAAGGUGGACUGGCCUUUGAAUAUCAUCAUCACUGACAGCUGCAUGAACAAGUACAACCGCUUGUUUUCGUUCCUGCUGCAGCUCAAACACAUGGUGUGGAGCCUCCGGGACGUCUGGUUUCACCUCAAGAGGACAGCUCUGGUGAAAGGCGCCGGCCGCUCCGUGCAGUUCCGCCAGCUGCAGCUGUACCGCCACGAGAUGCAGCAUUUCGUCAAAGUCAUUCAGGGCUACAUCGCUAACCAGAUCCUGCAAGUGUCCUGGAGUGAGUUCACUGCCAAGCUGGCCACCGUCAAUGACCUGGAUGCCAUCCACCGCACACAUGCAGACUACCUCAACAGAGCCAUCUUCAGGGGUCUUCUGACAGACAAAGCAGCCCCCGUCAUGAACAUCAUUCACAGCAUCUUUAGUCUGAUCCUCAAGUUUCGGGCUCAGCUAAUUGCACAGCCGUGGGACAACCAGCAGGGGGAGGCGGUGCAUCCCAGCUUCAUUGCCAUGCAGCAGUCAUACAACACCUUCAAGUAUUACUCCCACUUCCUUUUUAAAGUGGUUACAAAGCUGGUGAACAGAGGAUAUCAGCCGCAUUUGGAGGAUUUUCUGCUGCGAAUUAAUUUCAAUAACUACUACAAAGACUCCUGAGUGGGGUGCUAGUCUGCAUGUUUUAGUCAAGUGUCCAAUUUCCCGUUGUACUUUCUGUCACCUUCACGUGAGUAUUUUUCCAAUUCCACCUGCACUUUCAUAAGAAGGAGAAUUUGAAUUUAGCUUUGAGCAAUCCUAAGGCUUAUUAUCCGUAAAUGUGUGCCUACAACCAUCUGUAUUUUAGUAAAAUGAAAUGUUUUUGUGUGAAUACAACGUACUCUGUAAAUAAAGUUCUCUGCUCUGAAGUGAUAAAAACAAAAACAUUUACACCAAUA